AGCAUCAGAGAGGCUUUUCUGCAGAUCACACUGCACCUCCUGAGGAGAAUGAAGCAGGAGGAGCUGGCUGAGCGUUUGCACAGCAUGUGCCAACGUAAACUCAAAUCUAAUCUGAAGCAGAAGUUUCAGUGUGUGUUUGAGGGGAUUGCCAAAGCAGGAAACUCAACACUUCUGAACCAGAUCUACACAGAGCUGUACAUCACAGAGGGAGAGAGUCAAAAGGUCAAUGAGGAACAUGAAGUCAGACAGAUUGAAACAGCAUCCAGGAAACCAGCAGAAGCAGAAACACUGAUAAAAUCUGAAGACAUCUUUAAACCUUUACCUGGAAAAGAUAAGCCAAUCAGAACACUGAUGACAAAGGGAGUGGCUGGCAUUGGGAAAACAGUCUUAACACAGAAGUUCACUCUGGACUGGGCUGAAGAUAAAGUCAAUAAGCACAUAGAGUUCACAUUUCCAUUCACUUUCAGAGAGCUGAAUCUGCUGAAAGAGAAAAAGUUCAGUUUUGUGGAACUUCUUCAUCACUUCUUCACUGAGACCAAAGAAGCAGGAAUCAGCAGGUUUGAGCAGUUCCAGGUUGUGUUGAUCUUUGACGGUCUGGAUGAGUGUCGACUUCCUCUGGACUUCAACAACAACCAGAUCCUGACUGAUGUUACAGAGUCCACCUCAGUGGACGUUCUGCUGACAAACCUCAUCACUGGGAACCUGCUUCCCUCUGCUCGCCUCUGGAUAACCACACGACCCGCAGCGGCCAAUCAGAUCCCUCCUGAGUGUGUUGACAUGGUGACAGAGGUGAGAGGCUUCACUGACCCACAGAAGGAGGAAUACUUCAGGAAGAGAUUCAGAGAUGAGGAGCAGGCCAGCAGAAUCAUCUCCCACAUCAAGACGUCACGAAGCGUCCACAUCAUGUGCCACAUCCCAGUCUUCUGCUGGAUCACUGCUACAGUUCUGGAGGACGUGUUGAAAAUCAGUCAGAGAGGACAGCUGCCCAAGACCCUGACUGAGAUGUACAUCCACUUCCAGCUUGUUCAGUCCAAACAAGGGAACAUCAAGUAUCACAGCAGAGCUGAGACAGAUCCACACUGGACUCCAGAGACCAGGGAGAUGAUCCAGUCUCUGGGAAAACUGGCUUUUGAGCAGCUGGAGAAAGGCAACCUGAUCUUCUAUGAAGCAGACCUGGCAGAAUGUGGCCUUGAUAUCAGAGCAGCCUCAGUGUACUCAGGAGUGUUCACACAGAUCUUUAAAGAGGAGCGUGGGCUGUACCAGGACAAAGUUUUCUGCUUCGUCCAUCUGAGCCUUCAAGAGUUUCUGGCUGCUCUUUAUGUCUUUCUGACCUUCAUCAACUCUGGUGUGAACCUGCUGACAGAGCAACAACCGACCUCCAGUUGGUUUACAGUAUUCAGCCAGAAAUCUAAAUUAAAACUCCUCCUCCAGAAUGCUGUGGACAAGGCCUUACAGAGUCCAAAUGGACACCUGGACUUGUUUCUCCGCUUCCUCCUGGGUCUUUCAAUGGAGACCAACCAGCGUCUCCUACGAGGCCUGCUGACACAGACAGGAAGUAGCUCACAGACCAACCAGGAAACAGUCCAGUACAUCAAGAAGAAGAUCAAAGAGAAUCCCUCUCCAGAGAGAAGCAUCAACCUGUUCUACUGUCUGAAUGAGCUGAAUGACAAUUCUCUAGUGAAGCAGAUCCAACAGCACCUGAGUUCAGGAAGUCUCUCCACAGACAAACUCUCUCCUGCUCAGUGGUCAGCUCUGGUCUUCAUGUUGCUGUCAUCAGAAGAAAAACUGGAUGUGUUUGACCUGAAGAAGUACUCUGCUUCUGAGGAGGCUUUUAUGAAACUGUUGCCAGUGGUUGAAGUCUCCAAAACAUCUCUGCUGAGUGGCUGUAAUCUGUCAGAGAGAAGCUGUGAGGCUCUGGCCUCAGUUCUCAGCUCCCAGUCCUCCAGUCUGAGAGAGCUGGACCUGAGCAACAAUGACCUGCAGGAUUCAGGAGUGAAGCGUCUCUCUGCUGGACUGGAGAGUCCAAACUGCAGACUGAAGGCUCUCAGGCUGUCAGGCUGUCUGCUCACACAGGAAGGCUGUGCUGCUCUGGCCUCAGCUCUGAGCUCCAACCCCUCCCAUCUGAGAGAGCUGGACCUGAGCUACAAUCAUCCAGGAGCCUCAGGAGAGAAGCUGCUCUCUGCUGGACUGGAGGAUCCAACCUGGAGCCUGGAGGCUCUCAGGGUGGACCAUGGUGGAAAGCAGAUGUUGAAACCAGGCCUGAGGAAGUAUUCCUGUCAAGUCAAACUGGACCCAAACACAGCAAACAGACACCUCAAACUGUCUGAGGACAACAGGAAGGUGAGAGGGGUGGAAGAGAAGCAGCCAUAUCCUGAUCACCCAGAGAGAUUUGACUUCUAUCAACAGGUGAUGUGUGGAACUGGUCUGACUGGGAGGUGUUACUGGGAGGUCGAGUGGGAGAGAUGGGUUGAUAUCGGAGUGACUAACAGAGGAAUCAGCAGAAGAGGAGACAGUGAUGACUGCAGGCUUGGAGGAAACGACAAAUCCUGGAGUCUAGAGUGUGAUGAUAGAGGAGGUUUCACUGCCCGACACAAAAACAGAUCAACAGACGUUCGUGUCCGUCUCUCCUCCUCCUCCUCCUCCUCCUCCUCCUCCUCCUCCUCCUCCUCUAACAGAGUAGCAGUGUAUCUGGACUGGCCUGCUGGCUCUCUGUCCUUCUACAGCGUCUCCUCUGACGCUCUGAUCCACCUCCACACCUUCACCUGCACCUUCACUGAACCUCUGUACCCUGGGUUUGGGUUUUGGCUGCCCGGUUCCUCAGUGUCUCUGUGUCUGAUGGAGUAAAGAAACACUCAAAGUGCUGAAACA